UCCAGUCACCUCUCCGCAAAGAGGCGGCCGAAGGAGAGAUGGCGCGGUGGCGGAGAGCCGGAGCAGGGUUUCUCCAGGCGGCGUCAACGCCGCUGUGGCAGGGGGAUGCUACCCACGAAUACCACCUAACGGUCCAGGCCGUCCUGAGGGAGUAUACCGGGAGCCGUUACGCCGCCAAGCAGCGAGCCGCCGGCCGGAUUCCCGCGGCGGUCCUCACCCGGCGCCACGGCAGUGACGACAUCUCUAACACUCAGCUCCUCACCACCGACGAAAAUCAAAUCCGUGAGAUUCUCGAUCGGUCACCCUUCUUUUGCUCCACUCCCAUCAAGCUCCAAGUCCGCGCCAGACCUGACUCCACCGUUGUCCUUCGAUCCGGCACUGUUCUACCUAUCCAGGUCCAUAAGAGCCAGGAGACGGGGCAAAUAAUGAACUUGAUGUUUGAAUGGGCGGAUGAAGGCUCGGUGUUGAAGGUUGACGUGCCUGUUAUCUACAAGGGAGAGGAUGCCUGCCCUGGAUUGAAAAAAGGUGGUUAUCUUCAUAAGAUAAUAGUCAGCCUACCGUACCUCUGUCCUUCGGAACACAUUCCUCAAAAAAUCGAGGUGAACCUAACACAUCUGGACAUUGGAGAUGUAGUUCUAGUGCGCGACAUUGCAGUCCAUCCUUCGCUGAAGCUGCUGAGUGAAAUCAACGACAAGGCAAUAUGUAAGAUCAUAGCAACGAAACCGGAUGAGUGAAAAACUAAGAUUGGAAGAAAGGAUUCUGAAAUGGCAGAAGAUGGAGAAGCCUAAAGAAUGAUACAUGUUUGCCUACAUAUCUGUGAUCUAUUCAUUCUCAGUUCGAGAACUUGUAAUCUACUAUCGAAGGGUCCCCAAGGUUAGUGUGGUGGAAGAAAUGAAAUCUUCCUGUUUCUUGUGUUAUAUUUUUUUUUUAUAAUCAGUAAUAAACUUAGGUGACGUUUAGUUAAAUGACUGGAAUGACUAUGGAUAUGAGUUUGAUAGUAAAGUGGAAUGAGAAUGAAAUCCACUUAGUUAUA